UUUCUGAUCUUGCAAGAUAUCCCAACAUCGUCAUUCCUUUCCACACUGCCCGACAGCUCCUUGCUGUCCCAAUUAUGCUUACCGGGAACCCAUGAAUCUCUUGCUCGCUAUGGCUGGCCAAUCUCAACAUGUCAAUCAAUGCAAUCGACCGUACAACAGCAACUUCAAGAUGGAAUACGCUAUCUGGACAUCCGACUCGUACCGAAAGGAGAACCCGGUCAAGUACGUUUGUUAGCUUAUCAUGGUAUUACAGAUGAACGGAUUGAGAUGGGUGCAGUUUUGUCACAAUGCUGGCAAUUCUUGCAAAGCCAAAGUGGAAAACGUGAAACGAUAAUUAUGUCUAUCAAACAAGAAUCAGGUGAUCAAGAUACAUUUAUUCGAACGUUGUUUGACACAUACGUUGAUCAGACGCCGCCGGCUCCGAAUGGAAAAUCUUCAGGCAGAGAUAGAUGGUUCUUAGAGAAUCGAGUUCCUACCUUAGGCGAAGUACGAGGGAAGAUUGUCAUGUUGAGCAGAUUCGUUAUCGAUCAAUCGUAUGGCUUUCCAGGUGGCAUUAGUCCGCCCAUUUGGCCAAAUAGCCUCAAAGGCAUUUUUAACUAUACACUACCUUCAGGGCAGGAGGUAUUCACCCAAGACUGGUACGACAUUGGAUCACUAUCACAAUUGGAUGCUAAAUUUGCACUGAUCGAACAAUUGAGCAAACAAAGUAGUGCUGCUGGUAAUGCGUUCUCCUUAAACUACACCAACGGAUCUUCUUUCCCCUUUGCUCUUCCACCUGCCGUUGCAAAAGGCUAUUUGAUUGAUGGAAUAACAUGCGCUGCUACUACGCAAGGCAUCAAUAUACGAGUGAGGAACUUUGUUGCAGAUUUGCAAUUUGACAGUAAACCAAGUACUAGAAGCACUUUACCUGGAUUGCAAAUCACUUGGGCCAUGGACUAUUACAACGAACCAGAAGGUGCAGCUGAUUUAGUUCCACUUUUGAUCUCAUCCAAUUUCUAA